GCUGCUGGGUGCUGUAGCAUGAGCCUGUCUGUACAGUAGUAGCUGAACGUUCAGUCUUCUGCAUCCCUGUAUUCCUGUGGCUGCCGCACAUGACUAAGGAGCAGAAACAAUCUAGUGGAGUGACUCAUCCCUUUAGAGAAGGUGGGAUAAGAGCAACAAGAGACAGCGAGCGUAGAAACAGCAUCCACAGGAGAGCUGUGCUGUGCUGCACCAAAGCUACCCAGAGUCUGUUCUCUGGCCACGUGGAAGACUUUGGUCAUCCGCGAUUUGUAACAGUGAGAACUAGUUAAGAAAUUGGCUGAUGCAACAUUUCCUAAAUAAAGGCAAAUGUGAUUUAUCUAAAACAUAAAAUCUGCUAUUUCUUGGUCUGUAGGUUUGUCUCAAUUCUAAGCUGUAUCUUGGAUGAUCAGUGGCAGGUGAACAGAUGAAAGAGCCGAGGCUGGCUGGGGAACUACUCACCACAUGAUUGAAUGAGAUGCUUCUCAUUCUCACCGUGGCUUGUAACCACGGUGUUCUCCAGGUUGCUUCAGCACAGCAAGUUGCUCUGAAAGUCUAAGGGGUUAUAUUGCUUCAAAACCAGCUUCUGGGGUAUUUGGCAUCCCCGUAAGUCCAUUGACAGUAACUGCAGGGCAGUGGAACUUGGGUUUUGAGUCUCUGUUUCCUUUCUCUUUUAGAUCAACGAACUCAGCAAUGUUCCCGUCCCCGUCAUGUUAAUGCCCGAUGACUUUAAAGCCUACAGUAAGAUUAAGGUGGACAAUCAUCUAUUCAACAAGGAAAACUUGCCAAGUCGCUUUAAAUUUAAGGAGUAUUGUCCACUGGUGUUCCGAAACCUCCGAGAAAGAUUUGGGAUUGACGAUCAAGACUACCAGAACUCGGUGACACGAAGCGCCCCAGUGAACAGUGACAGCCAGGGCCGAUGUGGGGCCCGGUUCCUCACCACCUACGACAGGAGGUUUGUCAUUAAGGCGGUAUCGAGCGAAGAUGUAGCAGAGAUGCACAACAUCUUAAAGAAGUACCAUCAGUUCAUAGUGGAGUGUCACGGGAACACCCUCCUGCCCCAGUUCCUUGGCAUGUACCGGCUCACCGUGGACGGAGUGGAAACCUACAUGGUGGUUACCAGAAACGUAUUUAGUCACAGGCUGACUGUGCACCGGAAAUAUGACCUGAAGGGCUCAACAGUAUCCAGGGAAGCAAGCGAUAAAGAGAAGGCCAAGGAUCUACCAACGUUCAAGGACAACGACUUCUUGAAUGAGGGUCAGAAGCUGCAUGUUGGAGAAGAGAGUAAAAAGAACUUCCUUGAAAAGCUGAAGCGGGACGUGGAGUUUUUAGCUCAGCUGAAGAUUAUGGACUACAGCUUGCUGGUUGGGAUCCACGAUGUUGACCGAGCAGAGCAGGAAGAGAUGGAAGUGGAGGAUCGGGCAGAGGAUGAGGAGUGUGAGAACGAUGGUCUCGGAGGCAACCCCAUUUCUUCCUACGGCACACCCCCUGACAGCCCUGGCAAUCUCCUCAACUACCCUCGCUUCUUUGGGCCUGGAGAGUUCGAUCCUUCUGUCGACGUCUACGCCAUGAAAAGCCACGAAAGUGCCCCCAAGAAGGAAGUGUACUUCAUGGCCAUUAUAGACAUUCUUACGCCAUAUGAUGCGAAGAAGAAAGCUGCACAUGCUGCCAAAACAGUGAAACAUGGGGCUGGGGCAGAGAUCUCCACCGUGAAUCCAGAGCAGUACUCUAAACGCUUCAACGAAUUUAUCUCCAAUAUCCUGACAUAGUCGUCUUCAGCCUUCAGCGAGAAAUGAAGAGAAGAGGGGCUACUUCCAAACAGAGAAUGCAGCCUGUGACACUAAAACAGACACUGUAGCAGCAUGUGGGGUGUGCAUGUGUGUGUGCGUGUGUGUGUGCGUGCAAGAGUGAGUGUGUGGCACUGUGUGACUUAAGAGAGAACUAAUUCUAGGUGCACCCUCCAACAGUCCACUUGACCCAGGUGGAAAAGUGGAUUUUUAUGUUACAGAAGUGCCCAGACAUAGAUUUGAGGGCUUUUUAAAACAAGAAAAGUGCAUUGUUUCAGCACUGCUCUUUCUAAUGACAUUUUCUCCUCUCUGAUCAAGAGAAUCCCAUAGGGAUAUGGUAUGUGGCACUGUAUAAAAGGGGUCGCUGUAGAUCACGUUCAGUGGGAGUGAAGCAGUGCCUGAUUCCACAAACUACUACUUUUUUUUUUAUUGGACUGUCUUUACCAGAAAGACAUACAAGCCCUUUUAUUUCCCUCUUGGUAGGAAUUGGAAGGAAAAUAGCUCACCAUUUCAAGGACGGAAAAUAUUACUCUGAUAAGGAGGAGUCGCUGAACUUUAGGUAAAUUCAGACUGGGACACUUUAUAUUUUUUGGUUAAUUUAAGUAACAAAAACUUUUUUUGUAACUGCACUUGAUUUACAAGAAAGACGAGGGAAAUGAACAUCUACCAAAGAUGAUCGCUUAAAAAGGUGUAACCCCUAGAACGUAAAAAAAAAAACAAACAAACCAGUGUGAGAAGUAGUAGAGGCAUUGAACAACCUCAGAUAAUAAUGUGCUCGGACCCGUUGUGCUUUAAAUUGGCCAGCUAUGAAGAUUUCAUAAAAGGAAAAAAAAAAAAAAGGCAUUUUGUACCUGUAGAUACGGGAUAGUAUUUGACUAUCUGGAACGUUUCCCUGUCGCACCUCAGUCAGGAAUUGCCGUGUCUCUUAGAUUACAGCUUCACAUCGCAGUUCUGCCAGUGUUAAUCUAGCUAAUGUUCAGUCUUCCUUACUUGCCCGAUCUGCAACAGGUACUUGAAUUUGUUUCCUGACAGAGGUUCUUUGGUUAGUUGGUUUAUUUUUUAAAUGGCAAUGUGACUUGCACACGAAGGAAUUGGACUCGCUACCAGUGGGGAGUGCUGGGAGCUGUGACUGUGGAGCAAGUUCCACUGCUCAAGAGGACUCGGGACUUGAGCUGUGAUUGUUUUUACUCUCCUCUGCUCCAUACCCCUCUCUAGAGCGACAGUCAAGGAGUGGAAAUGUUUGAACACUUGCGCCAGAUUUUUUCCCCCCCCCUAAGGAAUCGGAACUGAUUUGCGUGACUGAAUAACGUCCUGUUUUGUCUCCAGAAUGCUUGUAAUAUUUUUCACAGCCAAGCUUGUCAGACUUGCUUUGGGUUUUGUUAGCUCUGCUGCACAACAGUUACAGGUCUUUUGGUUCUUUUUUUUUAAUUUUCUUCUUUUUAAGCAGGAUUUAGCGUUUUGAACAAACCUCUUGCAGUUGAAACAUGUCGCUUAUCUGCCUUGAAACUGUUUUCACAUAUGCCUUUGUUUCGGGAAUAAGCUGUUUCGAAUGUCUGUCCUGUGCUGUAACGCGUGCUACAGUUUGCUGUGUGGAAUUUGGUCCUUUUGAGAGAUAACUGGUGCUCAUCACAUCCUGGUAAUUUCCCUAGACUAACGCUAGCUCUGGUCUGGAUUCUGAGUGUGGGCUUGGGUUUUUUUAUGUUCAUACCCACAUUCAUGAUGUGAAUCCCCCAGGUCUCGACUUUGAAGGGGACAAAAGGGGGCUAAAGUUUCAGCCCAUGAGAGUGCACUGUAAAUAGAGUCUUUAAGAAAUCGAAAAUUAAUAUUAGGGGUCAUAAUGGGAUAUGAAUCUUUUUAUUCAUUCAUGGGUCAUUCCCUUUGACAUGGGACAAAUUUCUUCUGCCACUGUAGUCCGGUCCCUAUUCUGUGCGAUGUGGGGGCUAACACACCGUUGUCUGGGAGGCUGGAGAGUCUCAUGUCUUAAGGUGUGUAGCUGGAAAAGCCACAAAACAAAUGCAGCUAUGAGAAUACUUUAAAAAAGGGAGGACUUAGGGGGCAUCAUCAGCUUAGUUUUGUGGGCAUUAUAUUGGUUGCUUUUCUCUUAAACAAUAAGCACUUAAGUUUACUAUCAAUUAGAAAUUAAAUACCAAUCACUUUUUAUUCUUGACAGUUUUAAAAAUCUGCAUUGAAUCUGCAACUUUGGCCUGCAUGUACCCUGCGGAACACUUUACACUGAAGUGCAUUUGACUGAAAACCGCCCUCGGCUGAAAGAGUUGCAGUAGGUAGGCAGAUCACUCGGAUCCUGGUCAGAGUGCAGGAUUUCUCAAGAAAUUGCAGUGCAAUUCUUUGGUCAACCGGAGUUUCAAAACGAAGAAAAAUUUAGUGUGCAGUGUCCCUCUCCAGUGCCCGAAGGCAGGGUGAGUUUGUGUGAGAAGCGAGCUGCAGGAUCUGUGUUCCUGUGGGUACCGAGGGUCUCUCUCUUUCUGAACACGGGCCUAAUCUGUCAAAAUUUAAGAACUAAAAACUGCUUUGAACCUAGAAUUUACAUCUUCCCCGUUGAGAUAGCUCCUACAGCGUAAAUAAGAGUGGGAGAGGGAAGGCAGAGUGCGGAGUCACAGUUUGGGUGCUGUUCUGCUCCAAUAGUGCAAUAAAAAACACUCGAGAACCUGUUGGGUCACCCUUUAAUAGGAACCACAUGUUCCGGAGGUGCCAGGCGGCACCCGCCCUUUGGUGUCAGUGCUAGGAAGAGGGCCUGGUGUUUGCUGUAUGUUAAGAAGAAUGUCAGCAGGAGUUCACUCCUCACAGCAAGGAGGGGCGGUGGGAUCCUUCCCUCUGGUCUUGUACACACCUCUGGUUGACCUGGUUUUAAUUAUGAAAGCCGUGAUCGUGAAAUUCAUCACAGGGAGAACUUCUGGGGUAGUAGGUGACUCCAGAUUCCCUGCAUAAAUGAGGCUGCGCUCCCACUGAUGGUUGGAUUAUCAGCAGCAGCAAGAACACUAAAACACUUGAUUCUUUCCUUUUCUGGGAGGAAACUCCUGCUUUCCCCUCCGGAGCGCUGCCGCAGCUACCGUCAGUGGGGACGGCAGCUGGGGACUCGCCUCUUAGCCCAAGAAAGGCACAAAGCGAGGUUGUAUUGUAGUUACGGGCCGUGUUUGGUAGGGGUUGUGUCUUAGCCUCCACGGACGGAUGCCUCCCAGUCCUGUGACUACUAUGCAGUCUUUAUAGGUGCCUCCCUUUGAGCUGCACCGAGGUCAAAGCGUUUAACCUCGAGGUGGUACAAACCUUGCAGAAGUCAGCGUGUGUGUCCUAAACUUGGUUUGCAACACUGCGUAACCGAUCUGAGACAGGUCGUCCUUACAGUCGCUCCAAAACCGAAACGGCUAUCCUCUCCCCGUCUGUGUCUUAAUGCCCCAUUUCAGGUUUGCCUGUCAACUCCCCCUACUUCUGCAGAGCCAUUCUCCGGUAUCCGUAUUAGCCACUACUGAUUUUCCUUGCUCUUUGAAACGAAUUCUUGUGUAAUAGCGAUGGCAAAGCUCGGGGAACCAACUGCUGGUCAUCCGUCAUUUUUAGUGGUUUCAGUUUUUACCACUCAGAAGUUGCGCAGGUCUUUCGUUUAGCUGCACAAUGCUAAAUGCAGCUGGAUUGAGUUGUGUCAAGUGAGCGUAUUACACACAGGUCACAAGGGUGGGCAGGGCUAAUCAGUGCAACUGAAAAAAUGUGAAUAAAUUAAGUUUAAUCUAAAACUAAAAAAAAAAAAAGGCAUUCUAGGGUUUUUCACUGCUGUUUUUUAAAUAGGAAUUUUAAGUCCUCUGUGCUUGUCUGUUUGCUAGGAGCAGUUUGAGACACUGUUACUGUUUUGAAAUGCAUGCAUGUUACAAGAUGAGUCUCCAACCAGAGAAAAAUAAAAUUAAAACUUUGUGUACAUCUGUUC